UUUGAAGUCCACCCGCGACAGUAUUAUCCGCGUCUUGUUCUCUUCAAAAGCCACUUUUUGUCGCAGCUCUCGAAUCUGGCUGUCGAAUUUGAAAUUGGUUCGAGCAUCUCUGUCGUUUGAAAUGUGCUCGUUCAACUCUGCUCUGUCUCGCAGCGCUCUCACCUCAUCGUUGAGGUUUCGGAGUUUGGCUUCGUUUUGUUUGGUGUGAUCGAGAAGCUUUUCGAGCAUGCCGUAGACAUCAGCCAUGAACUUAUCAUUAAGAGGCAUUGUUUCGGCGGAAGAUUUGGGUGCGGUGGGAGAUUUAGGUGCGGCGGGCAUACCGUUUUCGGUGGAUGACCCAGACUCGGUAGAUGGAAUAGGAUUUGACUGGUUUUCCAUUUUGAUCUUGGUUUCUUUUGGAGUUGGUGCUGAAGUUGCGGUGAUACUCAAAGAGAUUUUGUGAC